AUGCGACGGGAAGAUGUUUAUCGCUUCGAUGGGAAAAUUGCCUGGCAGUACCCGAGCCAGCUGGAAUCCCAUCGGCGGGUGCACACGGGAGAACGCCCUUUCGAUUGCUCGGAGUGCGGCAAAAGCUUCUCCCACUACGACAGCCUGCUACGGCACAACCGCGUGCACACGGGCGAGAGGCCCUUCGACUGCUCCACCUGCGGCAAAUGCUUCUCGCACUACGCCAACCUGCUGCGGCACAACCGCAUGCACUCCGGCGAGAAGCCCUUCACUUGCUCCGACUGCAGCAAGGGCUUCACAACGAUGCAUGAACUGAAGAUCCACCAGGGGGUGCACACGGGAGAACGUCCUUUUGACUGCUCGGAGUGCGGCAAGAACUUCAUCCGCUAUGACAGACUGUUACGGCAUUACCAAGUGCACUCCGACACGAGGCCCUUCACCUGCUCUGACUGCGGCAAGGGCUUCACAACGACGCAAGAGCUAAAAAUCCACCGGCGGGUGCACACGGGGGAACGUCCUUUCGAUUGCACAGAGUGCGGCAAGAGCUUCAAGACGACAAAUCACCUGAAGAUGCACCAGCGGGUGCACACGGGCGAGAAGCCCUAUGGCUGCUCCACCUGCGGCAAGAGCUUUGCCCAGUUGUCGGGGCUACGGCAGCACCAGCGGGUGCACAACAGUGAACGGCCCUUCACCUGCUCCGACUGCGGCAAAAGCUUCAAGUCGUCGACGGUCCUGAAGGUGCACAGGCGCGUGCACACCGGGGAGUGGCCCUACACCUGCAGCGACUGCGGCAAGGGCUUCACCAGGCCCUACAGCCUGCUGGAGCACCAGCGCACCCACACGGGCGAGCGCCCGUUCAUCUGCGCCCAAUGCGGCAAGGGCUUCACCCGCUCCAGCAACUUGCUGUCCCAUCAGCGGAUGCACGUCGGUGACCGUCCCUUCCCCAGCCCAAUGUGUGGAGAACGCUUUGCCAUGGCCUCCCAGGCCCUGUCUCACCUCAACGUGCACAUCAGUGGCCAGCCCUACGACUGCCCGUACUGCGGUGAUGUGUUUGACAGCUCGCGGGGGUUGCGGCAGCACCGGCGGGCCCACACCAACGAGCGGCUGCUCACUCUGCAGCAAGCGUUUCAAAAGCGCACGGGGACUGCGGGAACACCAGCGGAUACACACCGGAAAGAGACCCUUUGUGUGCGCUGAGUGUGGCAAGGGUUUCACCCAUAUGUCCAGCAUGUGGCAGCACCGGUGUACCCACAGCGGUUGGUGUCCCUUCCCCUGCCCGUCCUUUGGAAAGGCGUUGACCACCUGCUGGAGCACUGGUGAGUCCACACCUGUCAGCACCCCUUCACCUGCCGGCUCUGUGCCAAGGUCUUUGCCCGCUCCUCCAGCCCGCUGGCACACCGCGACAUGGAUAGGCGCUGUUUCGGUAGACACAAAAUGUUGGAAGAAAUGGGUAACGUUUCGGGGCGAGACCCUCUUCGGUCUCGACCCGAAACAUCACACAUUCUUUCUCUCCUGAGAUGCUGCCUGUCCCGCUGAGUUGCU